UCGGGACGGGUUUGCAAUUCAACAACACUUAAAAACGGAAAACCAACAAAUUGUGAAAAAGAAGAAAAACAACAAGAAAAAAAUCAAAAUCAGAAAAAAAUAAUAGAAAUAUUAUCAUUGUAUGUUCUUUGGUGGCAUAGCAUAUAUUAUUUGAAAUGAAAAAAUUCAACUGAUUUCUAUAAUAGAUGCAGUAAAUUUUCAAAAAUAAAUCACAGAAAAUUUAAAUAAAUUCAUAAUUAAACCUAAAAAAGUAAUGAAUUUCACAAGGAGUGAAAAAUAUUAAAACGAAUUUAAAAAAAAAUUACGAAAAAUAAUAAUUAAAACGAGUGUUAAUGAAAUUUUAAAAUAAGAAAAAAUAAAAAUAAAGUUAAUCGAAGUAGAUGAUGAGCUUCGGGCGGUUAUGUAAAGUGUGAAAAGAACGAACUCCCUUUCUAUAAAGAAAGAAGAUUCUACGACAAGAAAAAAACAAUAAAAAGGGAAAACUCUUCGUGAGCUAAUUAUUGACAAAAUAUUUUAGUUUAAUAAAAAAGUAAAAAGAAAAAUUGAAAUUAAGAAAUUAAAUGUAAAUGUAUAUAUGCAAGUGUAAUUUGUGGGGUUUUCUUUGUACAUUUUAAAAAUUAAAUGAGAAUUUUACAAUUGUAAAGUGCUAAAAAUACAUUUUUUGAUUUAAAGAAUUUGUGCCAAGGCUUUAAUUAAAAAUAAUAACGAAUUCUCUAACAACAAACAAAUUGAUCUAUAAUAUAGUAAUUUCAAUUUUAGGAGUUCCCUACAACAUCUAAAAGUACCUAAAUGUGAGUGUAAGUGUAAGAUUGUAUAUGUGUAUGAGUAAAUAAUUUACUAGAACCAACAAAACAAUCAAACAAGAGACCAGCCAAAAGCAGAAAUAUAAAAAAAAGAAAAAUACCAAAAUAAAGGAUUUCUUUUUCUGUAAUUAUGAUUCACUAAAAUAAAAACUAUACGAUAUAAAAAAAUUGUUGCAGCGUAUUUUUAACUGGUUCGUGGUGCUUUAUGCAACAAAUGCUCUUGUGUGCAUUUAUCUACUUUAAAUUGUAGUUAUUUACUUGCAAAAUUGCCAUUGUAAAGAAACGUACGAAAGUGUACAAGUAUUUGUAAAAUUGUACGUACAUAAGUGUACGUGUUUAUACAUAUGUAUGUAUGUGAAUGUCUGUUGUAUACAUAUGAGCCUGCGUAUGUUUGUUAUGAACAUUUAAGAAACCUUAGGCAAUUUGGACAAACAAUUGCUUUAAGGGUCUUUUGUAACAACUCAAUUGCAGCAAUUGUGCAAAUAAUAUUACGACGACGACAACAACAACCACUACAAUACUAUACAACAUUUUUUUAUGCAUGUGUUAACUGGAGAACAUUGUUAAUUAGCAUGAUCCAAUUUUAAUGAAAGAACAAGAGUGAUUUCGACAUAAUUCUGGAUUAUUCGACUUUUAAAAGGCCACAACAAUAACAUGGGCUGUUCCUAUGAAGCAGCCAAACAAACAAAUCGGAUAAAUGAAACAUCUUCAACAAAAACAAUAGCCCCAAGCUAUAGAACAAAAAAUUGUUACAUCAAAACGGGAAAUCAACUCCUUCAAAAUAACACAUACAGUAGUAAAUUGAAUCAAUACUUUACAAAGAAUCACACUAACGACGACUGCCAACUUGUACGAGUACAACAAAAACAACAACAAAAGCUACCAACUACUAAUACAACAAUAAAUACUAAAGCCAAUAAGACUUUUUCUUCAACUGCAACAGUUAGUAAAAUUUGCAACAAUAGCAAAAUUCAGGACAACAGCAAGAACUACAAGAAAGAAGAAAAUAAAAACAAAAGCAACUUUUAUAGUUUAGAAUCGAAAGAGUACAUAAACCGGAGCAAUUACAAAGUUCCGCAAGAAACGCUCAAUUUUGUAAAGGAGAAAGACAACACAGUUCUAGGCCUACAAAAAUCUUGCAUCAAUUGUUAUCCUCUUGCCUGCCACAAUAGAUUUUGCUGUGAGCAGCAAAAUAAACAACAACCAGAACUUGCUGGCGACGAAAUUGAAAAUUAUACAAGACAAAACCCAAAGCCCUUAAAUUAUAUCAACGCCAACAACUAUUACAACAGUAGCAACAGCAAGAACUGCAACACUUGUUCCAGUAGAAGCAACUGUAGCAACAAUAAUUACUGCCGCUGUCAUUUAUCUUUUUUCUAUCCAAAACACACAGAAAACACGUUACGCAAUGGACAACAAUGCGAAACGCAUUUGUGUAACUGCAACUGUGUUGCUACUCAAACCAACGACUUUGCCACAUUUGCUAACACACGCAGUGCAACUGGCCAUUGUUUGCAAAAGACAAUUUCACAUGCCAGAACCGCCUUAGCAUCGAAUGCCCUCGAUUUAAAAAACAAUUUAAUGAAGGUGAUGGCCAAUUGUGCAACAGUGGCAGAGUCUUUGAUGGGCAUUAAUACACUGUUUAUAAAAAAUUGCCUAAGCGAUGGCAUCGUCAGUAACGGGAAUAAUAACACUAACAACGGCAUUAACAACACAAACAACAACCAUAAUAAGUCUGAACCAUAUAGAGGCUAUUGUCAGCGAAAACAUCAUUUACUAAAUAAAUCCAAUUGCACCACCAACAACUCAUUAUCCUACACUAUUUUCAACACUAUUUCUACUACUUCUAAUACAACUUCGCUCUCAACUACUACUAGUACUACUGGUACUAAUUCUGCUUCUACUCCUAUUUCCAAUUCUUGCUCCCUCCACGAUGCCAUUAGCUCAAAUAGUCGAUGUAAUAACAAUAACCAUGAUAUGAAUAUGAACAUUAACAUGAAUAACACUAGCAAUACUAGUAGUAGUUGUAGCAAUAACAUCAAUAGGAAACGUUUUAAUAAAAGUUGUAGCAGCAACAACAACGACUACAAUUGUCAGGCAUCUUCUUCUGCUCAUAUGGCUGCCUUCAAUUAUAUUGGUCAAAAUUAUUAUAGUUUUCUACGUAACACGAUCAAUUUCUACACCGCCUCCAGUGUUAUUCUGGUUUUAUGUUAUUUGACAUCAAUCACAUCCGCUGCAACCACCAAAUCAGACACCACAUCCGUAGAUAAACAUCCCAUUAAAGGCAUCGAUUGGUCGAAAUUUGACGAGUCAAGCUCAGACAAAGAAAUUUUGGAUUUAUUGUUGGAAAAAAAGCGUUACGAUAAACGAUUGUUGCCGCCAGUUAAUGAUGAAGACUUUUGCUGUGGAUUGUCAUCACCAGAUAUGGCUACAGAACUAAAUUCAAGGAGACCACAUAGACGCGGUACUCUUACGGUAAAUGUGAACGUUUUACUACUUAGUUUAGCAUCGCCCGAUGAGAGUAGUCUGAAAUAUGAAGUGGAAUUUCUGUUGAAUCAACAGUGGAAUGAUCCUCGUUUACAAUAUGGCAACAAGUCACAUUAUGAUUUUCUAAAUGCAUUGCAUCAUCACGAUAGCAUUUGGACGCCGGACACUUAUUUCAUUAUGCACGGCGACUUUAAGGAUCCCAUUAUACCCAUGCAUUUUGCUUUAAGAAUUUACCGGAACGGGACCAUUACGUACGCAAUGAGACGACACCUAAUUUUAUCCUGUCAGGGAAGUUUACAUAUAUUUCCAUUCGAUGAUCCAAAAUGUUCAUUUUCUAUGGAAAGCAUUUCGUAUGAAGAGGCCCAAAUAAAAUACGUUUGGAAAAACGAUGAGGAUACUUUACGCAAAAGUCCUUCAUUGACGACAUUAAAUGCAUAUUUGAUAAAAAAUCAAACAACUGCCUGUGAUCAAAAUAGCUGGAGAGGGAACUACAGCUGUCUUAGAGUCGAUUUAAUAUUUACCAGAGAUCGAGCAUUCUAUUUCACCACCGUUUUUAUACCUGGCAUUAUAUUGGUGACGUCAUCAUUUAUAACAUUCUGGUUAGAAUGGAAUGCUGUACCGGCUAGAUCCAUGAUAGGUAAUUACAGUUGUCUACAAGUUGAGUUAACAUUUACCCGUGAUCGUGCAUAUUAUUUUACAACCGUUUUCAUACCUGGCAUUAUAUUGGUGACUUCAUCCUUUAUUACCUUCUGGCUGGAAUGGAACGCAGUGCCAGCCAGAGUUAUGAUCGGUGUAACAACAAUGUUGAAUUUUUUCACAACAUCCAACGGUUUCCGCAGCACACUACCAGUGGUCUCGAAUCUUACAGCGAUGAAUGUCUGGGAUGGAGUUUGCAUGUGUUUCAUUUACGCGUCCCUGCUGGAAUUUGUUUGCGUCAAUUAUAUGGGACGUAAGCGGCCACAGCACAAUGUAGUUUAUCGACCCGGAGAAAAUCCUGUUACACAGCGUCUUCCAGCGGUUCUAAGCAGGAUUGGAGUCAUUCUUGCAAGUCCUUUGGAAAUAAUAGAACGAGAAUUUCAUGCUGCUUUAUCGUCUGAAAAGGCUGCAGCAGGACUUUCGAGUGCUGGAACAAGUAUGGGUGUAACGCCAGCAACGCCAGCUACCCCAACAUCUGAACCUAUGACACGUGUUCACUUCUAUCAAGAGCCAUCAGGAGGUAUAAUUGCCACGGCUGUUCAGAAUCUACGAUCCAGAUCCAUUAAACGAAAAUCAAACGUUGUCAAACCCGAAGAAGAAGCCAGCAGAGAGGUACCCUGUCAUGUGUACGAACACGUUUACACAGAACCCGGUGGUGUGACAACAUUUUCAGCUGUACCCUCAAUUACAACUACUACUGUCACCAUUGAAAGUGAUACCACCGAUGAUGUUGCCGAACAACCUAAAUUACGUCGCACCCAAUCAAUGUCGACCAAUACGCCACCUUUGAUUUGUAAAGGUGAAAUACAAACGGAUAUAAAUGGUGACAACAAAUCUGAACCGGAAUCCAAGCACACGGAUGUUGAGCAAAUGCCUAUAAAACCACCUCGUAAGAAGACAUCUCGCUCGACUUCACCCAGUUCUCAAUACGAUGCAUUACAAAGAGAAAUUGCUGGAAUGGUGGACAUUUCCGGAAGCGGUAAUCUUGGUGAAAAGAAACGUGAUGCCGGUGGACCCAAUGAAAUUGUUGCUUGUACAACAUGUGGCGGAAGUAGUGGCAGUCCUUGUACACAUUCAGCCAAUAAUGGUUGCGCAACAGAGACUUGCUUUGUUCAAGUACGCAAGAAGGAACCUCCACAUCCAAUACGUAUCGCAAAAACAAUAGAUGUAAUUGCUAGAAUUACGUUUCCAACAGCAUACGCCAUUUUCUUAAUAUUUUUCUUUGUACACUAUAAAGGAUUUUCAUAAAAUUAUAAAAGAAAGCAAAACAACAAAUUAUUAAACCAAAAAAGUAAUAAAAAUUACAAACAACAAAAUCAACACUUAAAGCUGUUUAUUUUACCGUAACUCACUGCAAAUAAACUAAAAACAAAAACCAAAACGACAAUUAAAAACAAACUAACUAUCAAUCUGCGAAAUAACAAUUUAAAUAUAUAACAAAAAAACUCAAGAUAUUUAUAAUAAUAUGAAAAAUAUUACGUACAAUUAAUUAAUACCUACAUAUGCAAAAUUCCAAAUGAAAACUUAAUUGAAAUUCAAUCCAAUGACCCACAAAAACCGAAUUCUUAACAAAUCGAAAGAAAUAUUUUUAAAACAACAUGAGCAAGAAAUUCAUAUAAAUGCAUUUUUAUUUAAUUUUAUUAAAAAUUAGCAAAAUUUCUAAAUAAAAGAAAAACUGAAAAACGAAGCUCAAGUUAGGGUGAACAGCUCAGGAAUAAUUUAAAAAUGUUCGAGCAAAAACCAAAAAAAAUAUUUAAAUAUUUAUUAUAUUAUUUUAAAAGCUUUUAGAAAACCUAUAAUUAUAUUUUGCUAAUUAAAUAGUUUCAUGUAUAUCAAAUAAAUUUUGAAGAAAUGCCAAAUGUGGCGAAAAAAAUAAAAAAAAUUCUCCAUGUAAUACUUAUACAAAAUCGCGUUAAUUCACAAAGAAAUUUGUUAUGUCAACUAAUUAUUUGCAGUAAUGAAAAUUUGAUUGUAACAACUAAAUUUGCUUCAUAUUUUCGUCAUAAACUUUCUGCUGCACACAGAGAACAAUCAUGGUUGCAGUAACCAUAUUCUAUGAACAACAUAUUAUGGUAAAAAUGAUGAUUGUGGUCUUAACAUUUUAAACCAAAUGAGAAUUAUUUCAACUCAUUUUAUUAUCGAGUAAAACAACACACAUUUGAAAAUUUUUAUCACAUACGAUUUUUUAUGACUCUUCUGCACGAUUAAAAUGAUCAUAUAUGCGCUCCUUUUCUGAUCAAAACUGAUACAUUCGUCAGAAGAAAAUGGUACCUUACCAAGCAACUCUUCUUAAAGAGCCUUUUAUGAGCUCCAUUUCUAAUAAGUUUCGAAUAAUUUUUAAAUCUUUUUUGGUGUUUUUUGAAACUAUCAUAUUUCAAACAGCACGAUGAUCAAUUUUGAUUGAUAUAUAUUCUAAUAUAUCAUAUAUCAGGAUCACCUUCGAAUUAUUUUUAAAGCACGUUAAUAAUUGAUCACUUCUUGGUCAUCAAAAGGAGUUCACUGAUUAAUCAUCCAACAAUCUUCCAAAUGCUAGCUGGGAUGUGUAUGAAAAAAGUUGUUUUAUUGUUAUAUUAAUUGGCUGUGGAUCAGCAGGCAUAUAACAACAAAAUAUAUAAUGGUUAUUUUUAACAACAUAACAUAUAAUACAACAAAACAUAAAAUGAUUAUUUUCAAGUUUAAAAUGUUCUAAA